AUGGACGGCACGGGCCCCCUCUUCCUCGGCCUCGACGCCAGCACUCAAGCCCUGAAAGCUGCUCUCCUUGAUAUUGACCUCAAUGUCCUCUCCGAGCUCGAGGUCCGAUUUGAUCGUGACCUACCUCACCACAAAACUACGGGUGGAGUCUCCCAACCCACCGCUGACGACGAUGAAGGCACAGUCGUAGCACCCAUCAUGCUGUAUGUCGAGUCGAUCGAUCUUCUCGCCGACAAGAUCCGAUCAGCUUCCUGGCCAGUCUCGAGGAUCAAAUCAGUCUCUGCUGCUGGACAACAGCAUGCUUCGGUAUACUUCUCUCGUGCUGCGCCUCGCAUCUUCACCACUUUGUCCUCUGAGAAGAAACUUACGGAGCAGGUUGAGGGAGCAUUCAGCAGAAAAGUCGUUCCUAAUUGGCAAGACUCGUCAACUACGGAAGCAUGCAAGGCGUUUGAAGCGGCAGCGGGUGGAGCGGAGGAGCUGGCGAAAGUGACAGGAUCAAAGGCACACACGAGGUUUACAGGUCCACAGAUUUACAAGUUCCGCAAGCAGCAGCCGGAAGCGUACAAGGACACGGAACGCAUCGGAUUGGUAUCGAGCUUCAUUACUACCAUGCUCUGUGUCGGAGAGGGGGAGGACGAGAAAGAGGUGAUCAAGGGUAUCGACGAGUCGGAUGCCUGUGGUAUGAACUUGCUGGACAUGCGAUCUUCCCCUUCUAUCUCUUCUGAUGAGAAGAGAGGAAAGUUGGAACCAGGUUGGAACCAGACCCUCCUCUCCCUUGCCUCUGGCGAAAGCGAAGGAGCCGACUCCUCCCUCGGUGGAGCAGAAGAGUUGGAACGCAAGCUCGGCGUAAUCUACCGAGAUGCAGGUGCGCCAGUUGGCAAGGUCGGCAGCUGGUGGACUCAACGCUACGGUUUCUCACCCGACUGUCAAGUAUUCCCAGGCACUGGCGACAACCCAGCCACCUUCCUCGCAUUCAGCUUAGCCGAAAGACAAGCGAUCAUCAGCCUUGGAACAUCCGACACUGUUAUGGUCGCCACAAACCAAUAUGUUCCCGACCCGGACUUUCAUGCAUUCUUCCACCCCGCCAAGCUACCAUCCAAGGAGAACGCAUUCUUCAACAUGCUCGUCUACAAGUCUGGCAGUCUGGCACGCGAGUGGAUCCGUGAUCAGUACAGCAACUCCAACUGGGACACGUUCAACGCCGAUGCUGAAAAGUACAAGCUUCAGGCGAAGGAAGGAGAGAAGAGGGUGGGCUUCUACUGGUUGCGUCCCGAGAUCAUCCCUUCCGGCGCAUCUGGUAUUCAUCGCUACACCUCUUCCCCUCCCUCCAGCUCGGAAUGGAACAAGGUAAAAGACUUUGAAAUGGCAGGUAUGAACGCAGCAGCAAUCCUGGAAACACAAUUGCUGAACUACCGCUAUCGCUCAUCCUCGAUCGUCUCUGGCACCUCCUCUUCUGCACGGGACACAUCUAAGUUGCCCCUUGCCUCGAUCUACGCCGUUGGAGGAGCCUCUUCGAAUACAACCAUCACUCAAGCCAUGGCAGACGUGUUCGGUUGCGCGAUCGUCAAACCCGUCCAACCGAGCGAAGAUGGCAAGGGUUGGACUGCGGCGAACUACAACUUUUGCAGUGUUGGUGCGGCGUACAAGGCUGUUUGGGGCUGGAGCAGGAGUCAGGGAGGGAAGAUGGAGUUUGAUGAUUUCGUUCUUGCAACCAAGAGUAAGCAGGCGGAAAAGGCCGGGUUGGGUGAGAAACAGGGAGGUGACAGGGUCGAGGGCGGUGUGCAGGUAAUUUGUAGACCGAGAGAGGGAAGGACUCAGGUGUACACCGAUAUCAUUGGCGCGUGGAAGGAGCUUGAGGAACGGGGUCAGAAGGGGCAGUAA